CGUUUGGAAUUAGAAAAUAUAUAAUAAGGGUUUGAUACUUUGAAUUUUGUGAAGAAUUGAGAAGAAGAAUAUGGGUAGAAAAGAAGAAGAAGAAGUUGCUGUGGGAGUACCGGUGUACGAAAGAAACGGUAUACCACCUAACGCCUUCAUCGGAGAUCCCAAAGGUAUUCCUAUCCAACAGACUAUCUACAGAGACACUCCUGCUCCUUUCAAUUGUCCUCACUGCGGUCACACCGACCUCACCACCAUCAGAUCGAAGAUUAGUCUGGCCGCAUUCGUUGGAUGCUUGAUGCCAAUGAUGCUUGGAGUUUGCUUUCUCUGUCCUUCAAUGGAUUGCCUCUGGCAUAAAUAUCACUACUGUCCUGAUUGCCAACAAAAGGUUGCUGAUUUUGAGAAAUCGGAUAUCUGUGCUGUGAUGGAUCCACCAAACUGGACGCAGGAGAGCUAUGCAUUGUCGAGAUACUAGUAUGAUAUUUCUAUCUAUCACUGCUGAGUUGUAAAUGAUGAUCUUCAUAUUGCUUUUAUUAAGUUUCUUAAUAACUAGCUCUCAUAUGUGUGUACAUGGGAUUAGAAGGCUUGUUUGCUACUUUAAUUUUAUUAUUGUUAUUCAGUUGUAUGUACAUUUGAUGCAUAACUUUAAUACUCAAUCUACAUGAUUUACAAAUAA